CCGGCGGGGCUGCGGGGCAGGACCCGCCGCCGAGAGCAUCCUCCGGCCGCGGGGCCUCGCUGCGCUCCCCGCUGGGGCAGGAGGUGGUGGCAGGUGUCCCCUGCCAGGCAGCCCGGAACCUUGCGAAGCGCCCGCCCCGGGCUUAGCGGAUUCCUGCCGCCCUCCCGCCUCUCCCGUCCAUCAGGGGGUCGGGGGGCUGCCGGCUGCCGUCGGUUCCCUCCUUGCCCGCCACUGAGGGAGCGAGGGGAAAACCUGAAAGCCCGGACGAGCCGCGGGAGAAGAUUAUGGCAACGUGACUGGGACGCGGAGCCGCCUGGCCGGAGCCCUCCCGUACCCCGGCGGAGCGGAGAGCGGAGCCGCGCGGCUCCCCGAGCCGAAGCCGCCGUUCGCCGGCAGUCUCUGGGGCCCGCGGCACAGCGGAGCGCCCUCCAGCCCUGCCCCAGCUCAACGUUCUCUGCUUUGGAGGCUCUUUCUUUUCCUUUUGUCGAUAAAGAUGAGAAAAAAGUGGAUAUUGAAGGAUUUUCACUUUAUCUUUUGUGGUGUGCUCUGUCUCCUUCUCGUAGAUGGAGGUAAACUAGAACAAGUAAAACACUCAGAUACAUACUGCAUGUUUCAAGAUAAGAAGUAUCGUGUUGGAGAGAGAUGGCAUCCUUACCUAGAACCCUAUGGCCUUGUCUACUGCGUGAACUGUCUGUGCUCAGAGAAUGGAAAUGUACUGUGCAGCAGAAUAAGAUGCCCAAGUCUACACUGUCCUUCCCCUGUGCACGUACCACAGCUAUGCUGCCCACGAUGCCCAGAAGACUCCCUUUUCUCAGUAAGCAGCAAAAUCACCGGGAAAUCCUGUGAAUACAAUGGCACCACCUACCAUCAUGGUGAAAUGUUUGUGGCAGAGGGACUUUUCCAAAACAGGCAAGCAAACCAGUGUGCCCAGUGCAGCUGCUCAGAAGGAAACGUGUACUGUGGGUUGAAGACUUGUCCCAAAUUAACUUGCUCUUUCCCAGUCUCUGUUCCGGAGUCCUGCUGUCCAGUUUGCAGAGGAGAUGGAGAGUUAUCAUGGGAACAUUCCGACGGGGAUAUCUUCCGGCAGCCGGCCAACAGGGAAGCCAGACACUCAUACCACCGCUCCCACUACGACCUGUCACCCAGCUCUGCAAGGCAGGUAGUCAACAUUCCACGUUUUCCCAAUGCCAGGAAUAACCGUGGAGUCCUCCCGGAUCCGCAGCAAGCUUCAGGAACAAUAGUACAAAUCGUCAUCAACAACAAGCACAAGCACGGACGAGUUUGUGUUUCAAAUGGCAAAACAUAUUCACAUGGUGAAUCUUGGCAUCCUAAUCUCCGAGCCUUCGGAAUCGUAGAGUGUGUGUUGUGCACCUGCAACAUCACCAAACAAGAAUGUAAGAAAAUUCACUGUCCAGAACAAUAUCCCUGCAAAUACCCUCAGAAAGUAGAAGGAAAAUGCUGUAAAGUCUGUCCAGAAGAAGUGCCAAGUCAGACCUUUGACAACAAAGAUUACUUCUGUGGGAAGGAGACAUUUCCUGUCUAUGAAUCCAUUUUCACAGAGGAAGGAGAAACCAUCAGAAAAAUUGCAGUAGAAACUGAAAAGCCACCUCAAAUAGAAAUACAUGUGUGGACAAUCAGAAAAGGCAUUCUGCGUCACUUCUACGUUGAAAAAGUGUCCAAGAGAGAAUUUGAAGAACUUCCUUACUUCAAGCAGAUCACAAGGACAACCCCUAGCCAGUGGAAAAUAUUUAGCGAGGGAGAAGCUCAGAUCAGCCAAAUGUGUGAAAGCAGAGUGUGCAGGACUGAGCUCGAGGAUCUGGUAAAGGUUUUGUACCUUGAAAAAUCUGAAAAGGGUCACUGUUAAGGGAGACAGCACUGGAGGGAAAAACACAAGAAAACUUAUGAAAACUUGGAUCUGCAGCUGGACUGCAGGCUUAUUUUGCUUAAGUCAACAGUUGCCCUAAAAACCAAAACUAUAAUGCAGUAAUUAUUCACAUCAUGCACAGCAAAUUUGCUGCUUUAUGUGUAGUGGUCUGUGUCAACCGUUCAAAUAUCUCCUCCAAAAGACUAGGAGGCUCUGUGUUACUGGUGGGGGAAGGAGAAAGAGAGACUGUACUCUCCCAGAAUUGCAUUUCUUUACAAGUUAAAAAGAGAAAACAGAACAUUUUUAUUAUUAUUAUUUGGCAACUUAGUCAAACUAAUGAAAAGAAAGACACCUAAUAAAUGUUCAGGAGCUAUGUAGAGCAUUAUUUCCUGUGCUGAAUUUAUACCAUUUCUGGUGUUGAAAUGACUCAUGGAUUAUUUUAGUAGUGGAGGAAAAAUACAAGUGAUACAAUACUUGCGUUGGAGACAUAAAAACCCAGAUUUAAACUAACAAACUCCUAAGCAGCCUGCCUUUGGGAUGAUGUCUUGUAGUUGAGCAAAUUGAGUCUAUAAACUGAACAGCAGGUGUUAGUGGCAACCACUGUAUUUUUGUAGCAAUUUGAGCAAAUGUUCGCUUUUAAGUGGUUUUUACUCUUUCCUCCACCCACUUCUCUAUAAAAAUGUGAAGUGUCAGCUCCCUAUCACAGCCUUAACAACUUCAUUCUUCUGGGCCCUAUUAACUCACGGGCUUGGCUGAUAAACUGCCUUCUAAAGUGACAUGGCAGAAGGUGGUGAAGUACUUGGAGUACUUUCAAAACACCUAGCUGGUUAAACCUCCCGAUGAAUAACUCCUUAAAAGUUACGACAGUGCUUAAUUUAUUGGUUCUGAUUUGCUACAAACCAAACCUUCAGCAUUUUCCUGAGGAUGACCUCUCUAUUCUCACAUGCUUCAAGGACAGGUUUUUCCCAUGACAAACGCCAAACAGCUACAGCAGGCCUUUAGAACACAGCAAGCUCUGUGGAAACUGUUAUCUUCAUGAAAAACAAAUCUGAGAGGUCCUGUUUAAUGUAGUAUAGGAUCUCUGCAGUGUGUGUGUAAGAAAGGUGCCUCUCAUCUGCCAUGCUGCCUCGUGUCUGCCAUGCUGGAUUAAAUCCUGAGAAGCAAGUGAGUCUGCCUGCUUGUGCUCCCAUUUUCUACCCCACAAGCAGAUGGGAAUACUGCUGUUCAAACACAAAAACAAAGCUUUAUGGAAAUGGUCUGAGCCAGGGGCUGGGUCUUCACAGGGAAUGAAAUCAACAGUGACAGCAAGGAUUUUCAGGUCUGUCACCCUGCCAGUGCCAGCAUGCCAGUGUGUACCCACUUCCAGAGGGAUGAAGGUGUGGCAGAGCUCGGUGCCGAAUGCCAAAAGCCCCUUUCAGGCAGAGCUUCCCCAUCCUGAGGGGAUCCCUGUCCUGAGCAGCAAAGCCCAGUGGCCUCCCCCUGGAGUGCUGGGCUGUGCUGCCUGCAGCUAACACAGGGCUUCCCAACAACAAGGGGCAAGUGAGGAGAAGAGACAUGAAGGGGAAGGAAAAGCUGAAGGGAAUUAGGAGGAUACAUAUGUGGUGAUCUCAGUUCCUUAGCGAUUUGCCUGUAUAUAACCACCCCGAUGUCCCUAGGCCUGGACAGCGCAGAUAGAUAAUAUUUAGGAAUACUUCCCUCCCUACCAAGCACUCAACAUGAAAACACUAAACGGGAGCUCCUCCAGCCACCGCAUGGAUUGCAAGAACAAAAUACUCUCACCUGGUGUCAGUGAGAACCAUGGCAGUCUCUUUCCAAGCCUCCAUGGGCGGCAGGGAGAUCCUCCGAGGUCCCUCCAUGGCCGCCAGGGACUCUCGGCUCCCUGCUCCUGCCCAGCCUCGGUGUCCCGGGGUUGUUCCUCACACCUUUCCCCUCGCUGCCCAGCAGUGCUCCGCCCUUCCUUGCAUCCGCCUUCCCGCGGCUCCUCCAGCCCCGCUGAGGGGCUCAGCGCUGCCCUCUGUGGGGCCGCUGGAACAGGCGGGAACUGGCCCACAGGCUGAGGUGGCAGCCGCCAUUAGCGGUCCUGUAUCACUGUGGUACAAGGAGAGCUAAGUGAACUGUCCCACCAUCUUCCACGGGACUCCAUGGAGCCUCUGCCUCCAUAAAUCCCGCCCUGGUGUUUGAAAGGGGUGCGGUGUAUCCUAACUGAGGUCCUGAGACCUCGCAGUGCCAGAGGUUGCUGCGGUGGAACUGUACAAGGAGCAGUUUGGCAUCAGCAGCACCGACUGCACGUGGCAUCUACAGGGUUGAAAUGUGCUGCAGAAGUGCAAAAUUUCAUUAUAAAUCUUCUAAUAAGUCAUGAAUGAACCUUAUCGUUCCUUUGGUGAAGACAUUGUGAGGAAGAGGUUCUAAGGAAUUGUAGCAAUCUGGUGGGAAGACCAGCAGUUGAUUUCUCACCUCACGGGCAUCGUCUGUGUGUAGCAGUAGCUGGUGAAAAAAACACUAAGUGGAAAGUGUACAGUGUUUGUAUUUUCUUUCUUUUAAGAAGAAGGCAACCUGCUUUUUGUAUGUGCGACAGGACAGGCGAAAUCCAGAUUGUGUAUUUAUUUUAUAAUAAACAUUUUUUCUUUUAAGAAAAGCAAAAAAAAAUCAUAAGCAUCAUGUAGUAAAAUGCAGUGUUGCAUUUUUCCAGUUUCUGGUCACUUAAGACAACAAAAUACACAGUGUCAUGUUUUUCAUGUCUGUUACAGUACUUAUUUAUGUACUUGUUGUAUCACUUUGACCUGGUUUGAUAAAUUAAUAAACCCUGAAGUUGAUAAUAAAAGGAGAUGGUUUAUGUA